UUUGGCUUGAAAGCUCCGCGGACCGCCGCGGCGGGCGGAGGUGACGAGAGGUUUCCACGUAUGACUGUGAGAUCUAGUUUUCCAUGGCAGGGAUGCUGCGUGUCUCUGAUCCUCGUCGCGUUGAUUGGGAACAUCGAAGCGGGCCGCGAGUCACCGGCGGAGGAGCUCUUCCACUCGGGUUAUGAAGCGGUCCACGUGACUAGGCUGCACAGAUACGAGCACGAGGGCAUGGCCUCUUUUUUGGAGGCUGAAGCUCGGUGGAGCGCCCAUGAGGAGAUCGGCUCUACCCUCUUGUCGAGGGCAAGACCAAGGCAGAAACUCGAGAGACGCCCGCAGGGCUUCGUGCGAGUCUCGAAGCUUCAGGAGGCAGCGCUGAAAGCUCAUCAGGCGGCCUUCUUGGAGGUGACGUUCAACAGCUCCGUGUCUGCCACUGCUGGCAGGUUCAGGAGCAGUGAUGCUUUGCUCAGGUAUCACUCACUCACGGUGCCCGAUGAGACGCACCCGGCAGAAACCCGGCUCACGAGCUUGGAAAGCCAGUACAUUGGUCAAAUUGGAGUUGGCCCGUGGCCACAGAGUGUGUUGGGCCACGUGGGCAAGACUGCUGGGAGUUCGGUCCUCUCACCUCGCGGCUGCCAGCCCAGCGAGUCUUUAAUCUACUUGGGGCCAGCGGACUAUCAGGCUGCCAGCGAGGAGCAGAAGAAGGCCUGCCAUGUCAAAGAUGAGUCCUUGGUGUGGGUGGUUUUCGACACAGGCAGUACCAACAUUUGGGUCUCCUCCGUUCUUUGUCAAGAGGGCCCCUGUGCUUCCUCCAGCCGCAACCGUUACAACCGCUCGAACUCGCGGACAUAUUCGCCGGCCGCCAAAAGUGGACUUCUGCAGAUCGAGUUUGGGACGGGGCGCAUCACUGGCCCUGAGGCCGUGGAUGACUUUCAUAUUGGCCCCUUCUCCGUGUACAAUCAGACCUUCGGUAUGAUACAGACAGAAGAAGGUCGGGUCUUCGAGGAGAUCCCGGUGGAGGGUAUCCUGGGCUUGGCCUUCCCGGCCAUGGCAGCCAAUGGUAUCCGACCCUUUGUGGACGGAAUUAUCCAGAACAAGGCCAUCGGCCGGAACGAGUUCGCCUUUUACUUCAGCCACGCGUUUCAGCCACGGGGAGGGCCUUGCCCUGAAUUUGGCACCUUCCAGCCGGAAGGUGCAGGAAGGUGGAUGAGUGGUCGUCAGGGCCGAAGAAUCCUUGAGUGCAGGGGUCCGGAUGAUGUAGCGGGGAACGCCAUCUUUUGGGGUGGAGUGGAUCGGGCGUUCUACUCCGGGGACAUCGAGUAUUUCCCUGUGGUGGAGCCCUAUUACUGGGCGGUGCAGUUGAAGGAUUUCAAGAUUGGCCAGGACUCCUUGCUGCAUCUCCUUUUGCCGGAGGAGGAGCAGACCGGUCUGGAGCACCUGAGCCACCGAAGUCAAAAGCAAGCGCGAGGCGAGCAGACGACAUUUAAGGCCAUCGUGGACACCGGCACGACCUUCUUCACGGCGCAGGGCCGUCUCUUCAAGGAAGUGAUGAACCGCCUGACUGCAGCUCCAUGCUCCAGUCUAACGGAGCAGAGCCAUCCUGACAUCACCUACACCUUGGUGAACACAGCGGGAGAAGCCCGUGACUUUGUCCUCACCAACAAGCAGUACAUGCUUCAUGGUGGGGAAGGAGAGGACGUGGAAUGCACCCCUGCCUUCAUGAUGAUUCAAGUUCCAGCGGCCCAUGGCCCUGGCAUGGUCUUGGGUGAGGUCUUCCUGCGUAUCUACUUCGCUGUGUUUGACAGAGGGAGCGGUGCUGUGCAGGAGGCACGACUUGGCCUGGCACCAGCCAUGCACGACACCAGCGCCAAGUCACGACUCAAGGGCUUGACCGCCCACCAGCCGGUCUAUCAUCGACCGACGACGUCCUGAAGCUGCUGGAGCAGGCCACUGUCAGGUGAGCGACAGCGACUUGAUCCGCCAUAAAGGUUUGCCCAUUCCAGCGGAGCCUUGCACUUGGUCCCUUUGUUCAAUGGGAAACGCAACAAUAAAGAAUCAUCCAAUAGCACAAACUACUCGCCUGAGGGAACCUCGCCUGAUGGAACUUGGGCAUUGGCUCAUGUUGGCUCAGCAAAAACGUUCAAGCAGCUUUGCAAAGACGGUGUUGGCAGCAUGUUGGAGAAACUGACACUGCUGGUGAGGGCACAGGGGCUUCGACAAGACUCCUCUCCUG